AUGGCAAAGAAACCUAGCAUGGGUCGUCAAAAGAUCAAAAUUGCCAAGAUAGAGGUCAAGAAUCACCUCCAAGUUACCUUCUCAAAACGUCGUUCUGGUCUUUUCAAGAAAGCUAGUGAAUUGUGCACACUUUGUGGUGUUGAAAUAGCCAUCAUAGUUUUUUCUCCAGCGAGAAAAGUUUUUUCUUUUGGCCACCCUAAUGUUGAGUCCAUUAUCGAUAGGUUCCUCUUGAGAAAUAAUUCUAAUGCUAAUCUAAUAACAAAUAAUUCAUUUCAUCUUGUUGAGGCUCAUCGAAAUGCUAGUGUUCGUGGGCUAAAUUUGCAACUUACUCAAAUUCUUGGUGAGGUUGAAAUUGAGAAGAAAAGAGGAGAUUCACUUGAUCAAAUGAGAAAAACUAGUCAAAGCCAAUAUUGGUGGGAAGCUCCUAUUAAUCAACUUGAUUUGCAAGAACUUGAACAAUUAAAAGAUUCAAUGGAGGCUUUGAAAAAAAAUGUGACUACUCAGGCAAACAAGUUUAUGGUUAAUGACACUGUUAAUCCAUCUUCUUUUUUUGGUGUUGAUGGUAAUGGAAUUUUUGACAACUAUGAUAUCAAGCCACCUAGAAACAUGGCUGCUUCAAAUAAUCUUCAUAACCAUAGCCUUGGAUUUGAUUCAGGUGCAUUUUUUUAG